AUGUCAACUAAAACAACAACAACAACAACUGCCAUCACUCUUUCCACUUGUCUCUUUUUGAACUCUGCUGUGCUGGUGAUUCUUUUCUUUUCAACACAUUAUGCUGCUGCUGCUACUGUCUAUCAAGGUCACUGUCUCUUGACAGGUACUAUCAAUGCUCCUGGACUUCGUGGUUCAGUCUCUCUUGUCUAUGACGAGAAUACCAACUCAACCACCAUUUCUUGGUCACUCAAUCAAACCACCGUACCAAUCAAUCUUCAAGGUAAAAAACUUGGAUUCCAUAUUCAUGAAUUUGGUUAUCUUGCUGAUGCUGCUUCCACUGGUUCUCACUACAAUCCAUUUGGAGCGAAUCACUCAUUGCCAACUGAAAGUGCUCCUUCCAUUCAUGUUGGUGAUUUGGGUAAUAUUGAUCUCUCUUUGGGAUAUUCGGGUGUAAUUGUUUCAAAUUUGGUGCGAUUGAAUGGAUCGAUGUCUGUCAUUGGAAGAGCCAUGAGACUUCACAUGCAACAAGAUGUUGGAAGUUCUUCUCAACCUUCUGGUAAUGCUGGUCCAGCUGCUGCUCACUGUGUGAUUGGUAUUGCCAAUGUCACUUCGAAUGGAGCCAUGAAUGAUGCCUACACAACCACCAAUCGAGCUGUGGCCACUAUUUUCAAGACCGAUGAUGCUGGUUCCUAUAAUGUGACUGGACGUGUUAUUUUCGAUGAUUCUGUCGGUAAUGGAAAUGUAAGAGUGACUGGAAGAGUGUGUGGACUUGCUCCAAAUACUGUUCAUGGUUUCCAUGUCCAUCAAUUUGGUGAAUUGAAUUUGAAAGAUGGUUCAAGUUUUAUGGGACACUGGAAUCCAUCCGGAUCUCCUCAUGCCUAUCCAGGAACUGUGAACAGACAUGCUGGUGAUAUGGGAAAUAUUACCACCGAUGCCAAUGGAAUUGCAACCAUUGACUUGACUUUGGAUUUAUUGGCAUUGAAGGGUGUGAAUAGUAUUAUUGGACGUGGUGUGGUGAUUCAUCAAAAACCUGAUGAUGGUGUCACUCAAUCCACUGGAGGUGCUGCUGCCAGAUAUGGUAUUGGUGUGAUUGGUAUUCCUCCAACCACUCCAUCCGCAUUGAGUUUGCAAGAUCCAAACGAUGCUUGUUCCGGAAUUGCUCUUCCAAUAGUGAUUGUUACACCUCCUACCACCAAUUCCACGAAACCCAAGAGUUCCGUCAAUGCUGCUGUUGCUCUUGGUGGUCAUGAUGGUGCAUUGGUUCUGUUGCUCUUGAUUUCUCUGAUUGCAACCUCUCUUGUUUUCUAA